CAGGAGAUCUCGUAGUCCCCGACCCCCGGCGGAUCCCGCAGCCGCGAUGUCGCUGGUGGAAGAGAAUCGUCCCUUCGCUCAGCAGCUCUCCAACGUCUACUUCACCAUCCUCUCGCUGUUCUGCUUCAAGCUCUUCGUGAAAAUCAGCCUGGCCAUCCUCAGUCACUUCUACAUCGUCAAAGGGAAUCGCAAGGAGGCCGCCCGCAUCGCCGCCGAGUUUUACGGGGUGACCCAGGGCCAAGGUUCAUGGGCUGAUCGAUCCCCUCUGCAUGAGGCCGCCAGCCAAGGCCGACUUUUGGCUCUGAAGACUUUGCUCUCACAGGGCUACAAUGUCAACACAGUGACGAUCGACAAUGUGACUCCAUUGCACGAAGCCUGCUUGGGAGAUCACAUCGGUUGUGCGCGGAUUCUUCUGGAAGCGGGAGCCAACGUGAACGCCACCACCAUCGAUGGGAUGACCCCGUUGUUUAACGCCUGCUCGCGGGGCAGCGCUUCCUGCACGGAGCUUCUCCUGAUGCACGGUGCCAAGCCUCAGCUGCAGUCGUGUCUCCCUUCGCCAGCUCACGAGGCUGCCAGGAAGGGUCACUGGGAAUGUCUAGAAGUCCUGAUCUCAUGGGGCAUAGACAUUGACCACGACAUUCCACAUCUGGGAACGCCUCUUCACGUAGCUUGCACGGCCCAACAAUGCCACUGCGUUCGGAAACUACUCUACGCAGGGGCCGAUCCCCAGAAAGGAAGGUACUGGGACAGUCCGUUACACGCGGCUGCCCAGCAAGGCGGCCCCGAGAUGGUCAGCUUGCUGCUCGAGUUUGGGGCCGACAUCAACGCCAAGAACGCCGAGCUCCAGCGCCCCGUGGAUGUUGCCGUUCCUGGCGGUUUGGUAGAAACAAUCCUCCUGCAGCACGAAGCUACCCCCAGCUCUCUCUGCCAACUCUGCCGGAUUCGCAUCCGAAAUUACCUAGGAAGAGCUCGGCUACAUCUUGUUCCUCAACUGCAGCUCCCGAAACUACUGAAAGAUUACCUACAGUACCGAUGAGGAGGCCUGAUCGUCUUUAAAAACUGGAAAAACCAACCCAAACAAAUCCUGCGUAUUUGAUAUCCGGAAUGAUGCGCUUUGCCGCUUGGGAAGGGGGUGUGAGAACACCCCGGCCUCCGGGAGGAAUUCCCGAAAAGAGGUUUAUCGUGAUCUUUCCCCAUUAGCUCCUGCCGUAUUUCAAUUCCUUUAAACCGAAUUUGUACUUAUUAAUCCGUUUGAGUCCCUUAUUGUAUAAUCUAUCUUUCAUCACUUAGUCUGCUGUUUCCCUUUGUUCCUGCGGAAAAUUAUAAGUUUCUGGUCCUCUU